AUGCUGAGCCAGAAGUACAAUGCGUGGUUCCCGCCUGCACAGGUCACGAAGAUCAUGCAGACGGGCGAGAAGAUUGGGCAGGUGGCAGCGGCUGUGCCUGUCAUCGUCUCCCGGGAGCUCGGGCCCUUUCUGGAGUCACUGUUGAAGAAAGCCUGCCAAGUGACCCAGUCUCGCAACGCCAAAACCAUGACCACGUCCCACCUGAAGCAACGCACUGAGCUGGAGCGGCAGUUUGACUUUUUGAAGGACUUGGCGGCGUCGGUGCCUGACGUGCAGGGGGUGGGGGACAGCCACAUGGAUGAGGACAGUGCUCGCAGCGGUCGGAAACCAGGCUGCAGUGGUCGGAAGAAUGGUGGAAUGGGAAGCAAAGGCAAGGACCAGAAGCUGUCCGGGACAGACUCUGAGCAGGAGGAUGAGUCUGAGGACACAGAUACUGAUGGAGAAGAAGAGACCCUUCAGCCUACAGCCCGGGCUAGCCACCCUCCUGCCCCUUUCCCCCCACCUCCCAACCCCUCCUUCAUGCCCUUUGCUUCUACUCUGCCUUUGCCCCCAGCACCACGCGCUCCCUCUGCACCCGAAGCAGACGAUGAAGAAGGCUAUGACUCCUAG